GCCACGUUUUUAAUACGGAAAGCACGAUGAUUACAGGCCUUCAACCAUGUCUCUCACACAGACAAAUGAGAGGAGAACGACGAUGGCAAAUGAGACAACUUUCGGUAGCGCAGAAAUACCAAGUAGCUCAUUGGAAACCAAUAUCCCUGCAAGUACAAUUAGACAAUCAACGUACGAAACGAGGGAAGGAAGUAAUUUUGAAGUCACAUCGCCCAUUUUGUCUACGGCAACAACUGUAAUGGAAACAACCACCGGAAGAAUUACUCAAUCUGAUUCUACUCCCACAAACACUGAUUCCACGUCUACUGCCGCCACUACAAGCUUUGAGCAGAAUUCUACAGUCAUUACCAAUCCAGAAUCUAGUAGCAAUCAACACGCAACGCGCAAAAUAACAGCAAUUUAUAAUUUUAGGGGCUUGGUCCUAUACCAGUAGCUGCAUGAAAGCAACAAUCUAUAUUUGAUCAGAGUUAAUAUUGGCAAAAUCCUCCUUAAACCAAACUCAAAUAAUACCAACAAACGUAACGUGGGAUGAUUAUACCAGCAUCAAUAAUAGUUUACCAUAACAAAUCAUAAGUUUAUACAAUCAGUUUCACCUUUUCUACAAUUGAGUCAUUUAUUAAAAUGCACGCGAGAACGUGGCCAACAUUUGUUCAUCGAUCAAAAGACCAAUUAGAAUGUUCAAAUGUAUAACAUCAGAAUGAAGCAGUCAAAUAACUUUCGUACGAUUAAUUUUCAAAUGUGAGCGUUGCAAAAUAUUUUAAAUUCAGUUUCAGCUCGCGAAAAUGGGUCAGCUUGUUUAAAUGAACAUAAUGUAUUAAAUCAAAUUUCUGAUCAUUUAUAUUGUACUGAUAUUAAUUCCUAUAUUAUCUCACACAGAAGUUCCUGAAAUUUCGACGAUUGGAAUUCUUCGUCCAUCUACACCCGCUGCACAAACAUCAAUCAUUGGGCCAGUCGUGGGAAUUAUCGGAGGGUUUCUUCUUUUAGCGCUUAUCAUUGUUUUUAUACUUUCAAAGCAACUCAAAAAAAGAAGAGGCCGCGGAAUCAUAAACACAGGAGAUCGUUGUAAUUACAAUGAAGGGUUAGAAAUGGAAAAUCAACUUAAUCCGAGAGAUAUAAUGUCAGAUCAUCCCGGAGAUGUGGAAUUAGGUCGAGACCAUUCUCAAAAUACGGAAACUCUUCGUUAUCAGACGUUUGUAAACCCUGAUGGACAGGCAGACAAUAAUUCUCACUUACCCGAAGAUCAAGUUGACUCAUCAAACGGGCAAGAUUCCCUCCACGCCAUUGCCGAUAACCAUCAGAAUCAGAUAAACGAUGUGACCCCAGAAGGCAACGACAAUGCUAUAUAUACUGCUGUAAACAAGACAAAAUCGAAAAAGUUAUCCAAAUCCUCAAAAGAUUUGGAUGCGGCAGAUGUAUCAGAAACUCAAUACGCUUUCGUUGAUAAGCAAAAAAAGAGCGAAAUAAUUAAUGUUUCUUGUUAUCCUGACGAGAACACCCCUGAGGUUUACGCAACGGUUCAAAAACACAAUGUUGUGGAUUCUGAAAAAAUGUCGCAACCAGAAAAUUCCUUUGAUGGAAAGCUAGUGCCUGGUCCGACUUACGCUACCGUGCAGAAGACCAAAUCGAAAGACCCCGUGAAACAGGAAACAUCUUCAGAUGGAGACGACAAUAAAGUGACCCUUGCUGUUGUACAGAAACCCCAAAAAGAUGAUUCUUCAAACUUCAAUGAAGUAACUUAUGCAACGGUCAAUAAACCUGAAACAUAUCAGAAUUCCGAUGUCACGGGAGAUGCCGAAGGGGCUGACAUUGAAGUAAACGAUGAUCCAUAUGCAAAUAUUGACAACAUUGAAUAAGGAUGGGAAAGUUAAAUUAAACUAUAAUCAAUAUCACAUAUUUAUUUGAUCAGUAGCAGAAAAACAGGUUCAUACUGAUGAAUAAACCUACUGUGACGACCUUUUGGUGUUUAUUUUUGAUUUUAUGGUUUAUGACGGGUUUGGAUAUUCUAAAAUUGCUCAAUAGAAUGAUUUUGUUGUUUGAGUGUAGUGCAAUUGCAGUUGUUUUGCUAUAGGUUGUACCGGUAUGUUAAUCGUUGGUUGUACUACGGAUUUGGUUAUUGUCUUGUCAGUGUUGUUCAAGUAUUGUGUAUUUUUGGUAUUUUCGUUGUACCCUUUCUGUUUUCUUGAUUUUAUUGGAGUAUUUGAUUGUAUUGCGGAUUGUGA